AAAUGCUCAGAUUUCAUAAUCCGUCACUGUUACGCCUGCCCGCCUUAUAUUACCUUAUUGCCCACAUCUCCUUCUCCCUUCAAAAUUAGAGUCCAUCUGUCUUUCUCUCGCAAAAAAUCUUGCUCAAAUUUUGUGUUUUGAAAAUAAGGUAAGAAGGUUUUCCCUGAGACAAUUAUGCCAUCAUUCGAUAUUUGUUGUUUGGAGACAGAACCGGGGUUGAACAGUAAUGUCGUGUCGAUUAAUGUCGGCGGUCGGAUUUUCCAAACGACCAAGCAGACCCUAACCCAAGCGGGUCCCAAAUCCCUUCUUUAUCGACUUGCGGAAACGGGUUCGGAUCGUUUCGUGGACCGGGACCCGGGUCAGUUCCCGCUCCUCCUCUCCCUCCUCCGCAGCGGGACCCUUCCUUCGAAAGUCAAAGACUUUGACCUCCGGGACCUCAUCGAAGAGUCCAGAUUCUACGGCGUUGAGUCGCUUUUGACUAGCUCUUUAAGCGACCCUUCCCACUUUGACGCUUUUGCCCUCCGGAAGUCGUCUGAAUUACCCUUAAACGGCCGCGACACCCCUUCUGCGAUUGCCUCGACGCCGUUUGGGUCCCUGCAUGUUUCCCACGGUAGCAAGAUCACGUCUUUCGAUUGGUCGCUGACAAGAAAGUCAACGAUUUUGACCCAAUUCGCCGCCAUCGAUUCCUUGCUCGCAAUUUCCCCGGAUAUCGCGGCGGCCGGGGCCACCGACUUUUCGGGGCUCCAGAUUCUCGAUCUCCAAAAAGGACGCGUCAAACAGGUUCUCAAUUGGGAGAACGCGACCCGAUCCGGUUCCACGGUUCAAGCAAUCGGUUCAUCAGGCGAGUUCUUGUUUACUAGCUUCGAAUCCAGUAGGAGAAACUCCAAUUCAAUCCUGGUUUAUGAUAUGAAUACAUUGAACCCUGUUAUUGAAAUUGCUCGCAAUGAGAUUUUCGGGGCUGAUCUCGAUUCAGCCAUCCCAGCUACAAAGCUGAGAUGGGUUUCGGGUUACGGGUUACUCAUGGCAUCCGGGUCGCAUAGUGGGUUAUCGGGUGUAUCGGGGAACAUUAAGUUCUGGGAUAUAAGGUCGGGUAAUGUAGCCUUUGAAUUGAAGGAGAAAGUCGAUUGCUUUGCCGAUGUUUGUGUUUCGGAUAAUAUGAAUGUGCUUUUCAAGGUUGGAGUGAGCUCUGGGGAGGUUUUGAAUGCGGAUUUGAGGUGUUUAGGGGCUGUGAACAAUGAUGCAAAUGAUAAUAGUAAUCCAUGGAUGUGUGUUGAGAAUAGAAGGAAGGUAGUGAAUGGGAAGAAAGAAGGGUUAGGGUGCAAAAUCGAGAGCCAUGGGAAUCAAGUGUUUUGCAGUAAAGGAGGGGAUAUCGAGUUGUGGUCGGAGGUGGCGGUGGGUUCGGGGGGUCGAUUAAAGGGUAGGGUUUUUAGGAAGAAUGUGAUGGGGAGAGUGAAGGCAAUGGGAGGCUUGAAGGUAACCAACUUGGCAUUUGGUGGAAACAAGAUGUUUGUAACCCGAAAGGAUCAGCAAGCUGUUGAGGUUUGGCAAGGUUCAACGGGAGGGUUUUGAUCCUUUGGCUAGCUGUUGUAAUUAUAGGACAGUGUUGUAUCUUGUAAUUGUUUUAUGGCUAUUGAUUUGAUUCUUGGUGAUCGAAUUCAUUAUAUCAAACAACAGAUUUUUUUAAUUAAA